AUGGGAGCAACACAUCCAGACAGUGCUCUCUAUGGUCCAGUUAUGGGUUCUCUCUCUACCUUCUCCAGCCUCAGUAGCCCAUCAACACGCAGCGAAAAUCUUCAUCAUCUUCAAAGCCUUCUCUCCACUCGUGGAAAUGGACGCAAUCCCACAGAAACACUUUCCGAAUUCUUUGUUGUUCGCUCACCAAAUGAGACGCCACUCACAGACAUCAGAACUCGUCUUCAGAACUUUUCUACCCAAUUCACGACUGCCUACGUGGACUCGGGUUGUGGGGCCACAACGGAGGCGGCGGGUAAUCGAACUAAUCUGGCUGAGCAACUGUACUAUUACGCACUGGAAGCUAUUCUAACUGACGAGAAGAACCAGCAUGGGGGCAAUCCUCAGGCGAGUUCUGAGAUCGUUCGCUCAGAGAAAUUCCACCGUGCACUCUGUGCCUGUUGUUUGGAGGUGGUUAUUGCCAAUUGUCAAGAGGAGGACGAGUCACGACGAUUCCCCUGGAUUCUGGAGGCCUUGCAAGUAGACGCGAUUCUUUUCUACAAGGUGGUUGAGGUGUUUGUGAAGAAUGUGGAGUUGCCGAGAGAGAUGGUGAAGUAUUUGAAUAGAAUUGUGGAGGAUAUAUUGGGCGAGUAUGCUUGGAGGAGUAAUUCUCCAAUCUGGAGUACACUCAGUACUCCUGGAUCAAGAGGUUCUGGUGUUCCAAGUGUGGAAGAAAUUUUCCCUCCAGAGAAACUUGAAGAGGUGAGUGGUUUUCAUGGUAAUCCUUUCCGAUUCCCACGUCGUGAGUUACUGACAACCUCAGUUCCUGCCAAAGCUACCAGUCAGUCAGGAGGAAUAGUCUCUAUCACUCCUUCGAAGAAGAUUCGUUUGGCUGGCCCUGGUGGAACAAUCAAAUCGGCCACCAUCCAAACUCACCACCAAGACGAAUCAGCUCGUGCUGCUGCAAGUCUUAUUGCAGCUUCCGAGUCGGAGCAGAAAUUUCCCACAAGUGAAGAAGCAUCAGGAGAUAAUGAUCUAGAACAUCGCUGGUCUGGAAGUGCGUCGGUUGCAGCGAACCCACCGCUUAUACGCCGUGAUGCGACUGGCAUAUUCUUCCGUCAUGUCUACCACCUGGCUGCCUCGAGACUUCGUGCUGUUUGUGAGAGAGUUCAGCCACCUAUCAACACUGGUGCAGCUUCAACUGGAACCCCUGGUAAUUCUGCAAGUGGUUCUCUCCUCUCCAAGGCGUGGACCACUUUCGAGCAUGUUCUAGUGAACGAGACAGAUAUGCUGAAAGACCGUCUACUUGACCAAAUUCUGCUCUGUUGUCUCUAUGGUGUGGCUAAGGCAUGUGGCACUGUAAAUUUGAGUCUGGUGGAAAUUGUCCAGGCCUACAGAUUGCAACCACAGGCUUGUCGGGACACCUAUCGGCAUGUUCUAAUCUCACGAAUUAAUACGACUGAUGGCGAUAAUGUGCCGAUAAUUGAAGAGGAGAGGGCGGAUUUGGCGAGGUUCUAUAAUUACAUUUUCCUUGGUCGAGUGGAGUCUUAUUUGACGCGAUUUCUGGGUGCGUCAAUGACAGAUACCAAGGUUCAUCAGCAUGCAACAUCUGCACCUUUGACACCAAUUCCAAUUCCUCCCAUCUCGAGUUCGAAUUCGGGAAAUAGUGCGGUGAUGUCUGGAGACGAAGAAUAA